UGAGUACGUUACAACAGUUGACGUUGGCGUCUCGUCGGUUUCAGUUUCAAAGUUUUCCGAUUAAAAAAUCAUAAAAUACAAAACGUUAUUUGCGCGCUUGAAAAUCUGACUGUAUCUGUAUCUGUGUCUCGCUGCAUCUGUAUCUGUAUUUGUGUUUGUGUGUGUGAAGAAUACUAAAAGCUAACACAAAUUGGCUGCACUUUUCUGCACCUCUAAUAAGCUGCCCAAAACAAGAGACUACUUUAUAAAAAAAAAAAACAAAAGAAAAACGAAUAAACAAUAUGAGCUACUUGCGUUCAAUAGAAAUCUCACGCGUCGAUAUGUCUCCGGCGGAUGACAAUUCUUUUGCCACGACAAAUGGCAACAAGAAGGCAACCUACACCCUGAUCUGCAUCAAAAUUGUCGAGUUGUGCCUGCUAAUAUGCUGUCUGGGUCUAAUCGAUGAGCCAGCUACCAAUUCGCAUCUACGUGUCUUCAUCACGCCUCGAGUGAUGGCUUUGUGCUAUGUGACCUUCGGAGCAUUGGCCAUUUACACGGCGAUCUAUCUGAUCAUGGCGCUCUUUGGAGAUAUGACACCUUGGCGCACUGCGACACUGUGGGCUUUGGUGGGAUUCGUGCUUUAUAUUGCGGUGACAGCAUUGUUGUUCCGGGACUGGAGCACAACUAAGGAUCGUAACUACUGGCACCCGAAUAUGCAUCGUCUGGAUUUGGUAAUGGCAACUGCUUCCAUUUCGCUGGUUACCGCUUUGGUCUAUUUAUUGGAUGUGCUACUCACCAUUCGCUUUGGAGUGCAUGGAGAUCUGGAAUGACAUGGGCGAGGGCUGUUCCACGCGUUUGCCUAGUGUGACUGUAAUAUUUACAGAGCAUAGUCUUAAGAUAUCUUCCCUGUUCCCCUGCUAAUUGUAACAACUUGUUCAGAAGCACAUGAAAUCUGUAUCAUAAAACAUCAUAAUUGCCAUCAUUGAAAUGAAAAUGUACAAAACACAAUUGUAGGAAAUUUUUAAAAGACAAAGAAAAUGUAGAAGAGUCGCUUACAAUCCCGAUUUUCUUUAAGAAAUUACAAAUCACGAUAAUAUUUUUUUCUAAUUCACCUAACAUAAGUUUUACACCGAAUAUUUUUGUAACGAAAGAAAUAAAUUUUCACUAAAAUAA